AACAUUACACAUUUCGUUGUCUGGAUGGACAGUUAAUUUUAACUUUGCUCUGAUCCUGUUAAAUAUUUUUGCAAAAUUUUUCCAUUUUUGCAAUUAAUUUGUAAUAUUAAAACAGUUAACUGUGCUCUGAUUCUCUCAUUAUUGCCAAAUUUUGCAAUUAAUUAGUAACGUAAAAGGAGUUAACUUUGCUCUGAUACUUUAAUUUUUGCAAAAUAUUUGCCAUUUUUGCAAUUUAUUUGUAAUAUUAAAGCAAUUAAGUUUGCUCUGAUCUUCUCACUUUUGCCAAAUUUUUGCCAUUUUUUCAAUUAAUUUGUAACAUAAAAGUAGUUUAACUUUGUCGUCGAUCGUCGAUCGUCUUAAAUAUUUUUGCCAAUUUUUGCCAAUUUUUGCCAAUCUUUGCAAUCAAUUCCUAACAUAAAAUGAUGGCAUAUCCCGAAAAAUAUUAUCCACCUGUAACCCCCCAAUCUGUCCAAGUUUGUUCAAUCCAAUUUUCAAAAACGGAUCGUAUUCGAAUCAAUGGGAUUCCUAAUUUUCCCGAAAAUUUGAUCCCCAUCGUUCGAACGGCGAUUGAGACCGGGUGGACGAAGGGGAUUCAAAGCGAGGGGGAUUUCCAUGGGGCGUAUGAAUUCAAAGUUAGUGGAAAUCCGUGGCUAGGACGAACUGAAGAUGGCGUCAAUGCGAGAAGGCUGCUGUCCUCAAUUCUACUUCACCUGGCCCGAGAGGGAUGGGUCCACUUGCAAAGUUUCGACCCUAGCAAAAAAUCCAACGACAAGGACACCAUGUUCUUUGAGUACCAACAACCGGACCCGGAAGCGCAAAUGUUUGCCAUUAGUUUCAAUGAUACGGACAAAAUCCGACUGAUCGACACCCCAUCGUCCUCCUCCUGGCUGCUCGAUACUUUUCGCGACACUGUAACCUCAUCCUGGCCAAAAGGCGUCCAAGACGAGCGAGACUAUUACGGAUGCAGUGAAAUCAAGUUGAAAGGAAAUCCAUGGUUCACAUCGGACGGGGAACAAAGUAUUGCUGCGAAAUUGCUUUUGUGCCAAUUAAUUGGCGCUUUUCGCAAAAUUGGAUACAAGCUGUACGCCUCCGUCGAUAUUACGGGGCGAUGGGGGAACGCGGCUUCGGGGGGAAAUUCCCCCACAGAAAAUGAUCUAGAUGUCUGGGUUCUUAGGAGAGUGACAUCCAUCUGGUAUUAAAAAUGGCUCGCAGCAAAGUUAUUUUAGUUGCUAUUUUCUGAUUAAAAUUUUAAAAUUUUAAUAAGUUAUGUAAUUUGGGAUUGGGGAUGUCAUACGAAUCACCAAAAUCUUCAAAAUCAAAAUAAAAACAUUUUUGAUCGUUUUUCGACUCUGGGAAUUUAUUUUAAAAUUCUGGAUGACGAAUUUGUAGUCAUUUCCUAUUUUGUUACUAAAAUUUUUAUGAGACACUUCACGUGGUCAGUGGUAAUUCUGUUAAACCAGUAACCUUUGUGGUGUAAAAUAAUUUUACAAACUUUUACCAAAUAAAGAGACGUCCUUGAUCUGGGCAAAUUUAUAAAAAUUUUGAAACUAAUUUUCCUCAGAAAUAUGCAUAAAAGUUUCUAAAUUUACGAAUUUUACCGAGCAUUGCGUGAAAUUGAAAUAUUACAUUUGUAGAUCUAAUUAUACAUAAACGUUCAAUUUAACACUACCGACUUGCAAGUAACACAAUAAAAUAAAAUAUAAUUUUUUCUCGAUUUAUUUACCCAA